UCGAACCGGUCGAGCAGACUCACUUCUUCCGUCCAGCUUAACUUAGACUUGCUACAGUGCAUGAUUCUUGGAUCAAACUACGCCGGAUUUGCCACACUCGCUUGUCUAUUUACACCGGAGACGAACAGAGUAUUUCUCUCAUCACUCUUUCAUUCCUCUUCAUUGACCAUCGCAAUUGCAAAGAAUCUGAACGAACACCGCUAUGCUCCCCCCCGAGUCCAAUCCUGACAAAAAGUCGGGAGAAUCCCGGCUUCUUCUGGUUUCAAACCGUCUGCCGAUUACCAUUCGACGGUCUGAGGGCGGCAGGUAUGACUUCUCCAUGUCUUCUGGCGGGCUGGUGACUGGUCUCAGCGGACUCGCCAAGUCGACAACCUUCCAGUGGUUUGGCUGGCCAGGAAUGCAAGUGCCCGAAGAUGAAGUCAAAAUCGUACAGCGGAGGCUGAAGGAGGAAUUCAACGCUACUCCAGUGUUUCUGGACGACGAAGUGGCAGAUCGCCACUACAAUGGCUUUUCAAACUCUAUUCUAUGGCCGUUGCUGCACUACCACCCCGGUGAAAUCGUCUUUGACGAGGCCGCGUGGGAUGCAUACCGAGAAGCCAAUUACCAGUUUGCCCUGGCCAUUGCUGGCGAAGCAAAUGAUGGUGACAUGGUCUGGGUCCACGACUAUCAUCUCAUGCUGCUGCCCCAAAUGCUCCGAGAGCAAUUCCGUGCUUUGGGCAAGAAGGAUAUCCGGAUUGGAUUCUUUCUGCACACUCCUUUCCCCAGUAGCGAAAUCUACAGGAUUCUGCCCGUGAGAAGUGAACUGCUACGAGGCGUAUUGCACUGCAAUCUCAUCGGAUUCCACACCUAUGACUAUGCACGCCAUUUCCUGAGCAGCUGCUCCCAUCUUUUAGAAUUGGCCACGACCCCCAGCAGUGUCAAGUUCGAGGGUAAAUCUGUCACAGUCGGAGCAUUCCCGAUUGGGAUCGAUCCAGACAAGUUCACAGAGGGUCUGAAAAGCCCCAGGGUUCAGAAUCGCGUGGCGAGCCUCGAGAACAAAUUCAGAGGAAUGACACUGAUGGUUAGCGUGGAUCGACUUGACUAUAUCAAGGGUAUUCCCCAGAAACUGCAUGCAUUGGAAGUCUUCUUGUCCGACCAUCCGGAAUGGGUUGGAAAGGUUGUCCUGGUCCAAGUGGCCGUUCCGAGCAGACAGGAUGUUGAAGAAUAUCAGAACCUAAGAGCUUUGGUCAAUGAGCUAGUGGGACGGAUUAAUGGAAGAUUUGGCACGGUGGACUACACCCCCAUUCACUUCAUGCACAAAUCUGUGAACUUUGACGAGCUGAUUUCCCUAUACGCCAUCUCCGAUGUCUGCGUGGUCUCAUCAACCCGCGACGGCAUGAACCUGGUUUCCUUUGAAUACAUUGCAACCCAGCAGAAACGCAAGGGAGUCCUCAUCUUAUCCGAGUUUGCCGGCGCCGCCCAGAGCCUCAACGGCAGUAUCAUCAUUAAUCCAUGGAAUACCGAAGAGCUCUCUGCAGCGUAUAACGAAGCAGUUUCUAUGAGCGAGGCACAGAAGUCAGCCAAAUUCGAGAAACUAUACAAAUACAUCACUAAAUACACCAGCGCUUUUUGGGGCAAGUCAUUCGUGGCAGAAUUAUCGCGAUGCUCGGCAUGGUCGUAAAUAGGCGACAUCAGCAAGGAUAGACUACGGCGUUAUUAUUAGAUUGCAUGCAAGUGAGCGACUUUGGUUUUCUUAUCUACUACAGAUUCGUCUGCCUAUACUGUAUACAGGGUAUUUUUGUUUUGUUUUCCUCUCGAGAGGCUGGUGAUAUGAUUUUAUCUCAUGAUGAAAAUAAUAAUGCCUAAUGAGUUUCUCUCACUGGUUUUUUUGUUUUAGGGUGUAUGGCUGGAAAAAACAAAAUGAAUCAUCGAUGAGAUGUUCUCAAGGUGGAUUCUAAAAGCAUACCACCAGUCUGUGGCAUCUCUCAUGGACCAGACCCACCAGAAAAGAAUCCAUGACAAUAUUUACUUUUAGUAAAUAGUCUCUUCGGUUGGCGUCGGUGCCUUUGCAUACGCCAUAUGGAUCCCUGCCCAAUAUCCAUCAAAUGAAGAACAUUUACAUAAGUAAAAAUCCAGAAGACCCAAGGAUGCGUAAGCUUCUGGAACUUCUAGCCUCGAGCCGGAAUAUACUUUUAGCCUUUAUAUGGUCUUAUUUUUCCAUACUGUAGAAUUCUAGCUGCAGCAACUCUGUAGACGGCAAAAAGAACUAAUGCAAGCAGAUGUCCACUCCACGUACGUGCCAGACAUCGACUGGAUAAUGAGAAACGCUUUCUCCGGUCUCCGGUAGAGGAAGGAUCUCGAAUUAUUCGAAAUCCGGUGGAAAAUAGCGGAACCAGGGUUGGGAAUUACGCAUGCGUUUUGCCUAUACCGUCUACGUAGACGUGAGUUAAUCGCUCGCCACUUUGCCUUGCGUAAAACUUCCUGACGUAGUCGAGACUUUGUUAUCUCAGGGAUUGAUUCGUAGGUGCAGACGAAGGAAGGCAAAGAAUAUAAGAAAAGGCAGCGGGGACUCUGACUUAUCUAUGGCUUUAUAUGGGUACUCCCGUGUGAUCUGGACGCUUUUCUCUUGCGAAUCAGGAGGAGGAUGACGAUGAUGAUGCAGGACCCUUCGACGCCAAGAUGUGAACGGUGGUUUGAGUCUCGAGGGAGCUAUUUUUACGGAGACACGCGAGUUGUCGUGGCCUCCGAAUGCCAAGACGGAUGCUUGCGUGGCUCCGUCCAGCAACGAUUUCAACCGUAGGACAGCGCUGUAUGCUGUCCUCCGUACAGCCGUCAAUGUUGAUAUCAACGUCCACAGACAGACAGGGGAACUGGCAGCCUGUCUGGGUGCUCUGUAAAAUUGUCUAUUUCUUCGAUAUGAGACAGAAAUGCAGGUACGCAUGGGACAGCAGCAUGUUGGAACAGGCUGUC